AUGGUUAGUGAAGAAGAAAUGAAGGAUUACGACGAUGAUGUCAAGGAAAUUUCGGUUUCGACUAGCGCGUUUCGACGCACGCGCUCCCAAGCGGCUCCGGAUUGGAGCGUCACCGAGUCGCUCAUUCUGGUGAACGAAGUCGCGGCGGUGGAAGCCGACUGCUCCGUCGCGCUCUCCUCCCACCAGCAGUGGAACAUCAUCGCUCAGAACUGCGCCGCCUUGGACGUGCCCCGCAACCUCGCGCAGUGCCGCCGCAAGUGGCGCGCGCUGCUCGCUGAACACGACCGCCUCAGGGGAACUGCAGCCGCUGGAGGCAAGUUGCCGCCAAAUUUCGAUUGUGAUUUGUUUGAGGCCGUCGAACGCGUUGUGAGGGCGCGUGAGGAGCGGGGGAUGGUUGAUCCCGAGAGCGAUUCCGAAGCAGGGAACGAGGCGCGUGACGCCACCGUGGAAAUUGGGUCCAAAAGAAAAGGGCAACGAAGUAAAUUGAGGCAUCGCGUUCAAAAGCCCAAAGUAUGUCUUGAGCAAAGGCCUGAGGACAGCCACGAAGAAGAGCCUGAGGAUGAUCAUUCCGAAGACGAGUAUUUGAAAGACUUCCUAGAAUCAAGACCUAAGUUGAAGUGUGCUGCAGAAAGGCCUCCAAAGGAUUUAGUGAUGCCACCAAAGAGCCUUCCCAAAGCAGAGCUUCAUGAAAACAACCAUAUUGAAAGGCCAAAGCCGAUCACUGUAGAAAAGAUAGCAGUUAGCAGGGAAGUAAAUCAGGAAACAUUGACUCUGAAAUUGCAAGACUUGGCAGUAGAGAUUGAAGCAAUUGCUGCUGAAUCAGCACCGGACUAUAAGGGAGGUGUCUCACAGAACGCAGAGGACUCACAUACUGACUUUACAAGACGCCAAGGGGACAAACUCAUAACAAGCCUGGGAGACUUCUCCAACACCCUCAAGCAACUAUGUGAUAUUCUCCAAGAGUGUAAAUGA